UACAGUUCUCGGCAAUACCAAACAGUCUCUGGAGAUCGUUCCAAAGGACGACAUGAGGCCUUCAGAGCUUCAAAAGCCGGCGUUGGACAUGUCCGUCGCUUGCCCUCGGCUAACACCGGCAGCAUUAGCCUUUCCAGCAGCAGUAUCCGACUACUAUCAACUUGAUGAAUUGCUGACGCCAGAGGAGAAAAGUUUACGAAUCAAGAUCCGGAGGUUUAUGGAGAAUGAAGUUGCCCCAAUAAUACCCAAGUAUUGGGAGAGAGCAGAAUUUCCAUUCCACCUUAUUCCAAAGCUGGGCUCUCUCGGUUUCCUUGGAGGCAUCAUCAAGGGCCAUGAAUGUCCUGGGUUAUCAGCGACCGCUUAUGGUAUUUGCAUAUCAGAGGUUGCUCGUGUGGAUGCAAGCAUAGCCUCAUUCUGCCUGGUUCAAUCGUGUCUUGCCAUGCUUUGCAUUGCAGCACAGUUGGGAUCUGAAGCGCAGGACAAAUAUUUGCCAUCAUUGAGCAAACUGCACAAGGUUUGCGCUUAUGCCAUGACAGAGCCAGAGUAUGGUAGUGAUGCAAGCUCUCUGAACACUGUAGCUCGAAAGGUUCCUGGAGGGUGGGUGCUAAAUGGCAGGAAACGGUGGCCUGGGAACAGCAGUUUUGCAGAUGUGUUGGUUGUUCUUGCUCGGAAUACCAGCACCAAUCAGGUCAAUGGGUUCAUUGUGGAUGGAGGAAGCCCUGGUCUGAAGAUCAGCAAGAUCGAGAACAAGGUUUCAAUGAGAAUUGUCCAGAACUGCGACAUCGAGCUGGAGAAUGUGUUCGUGUCUGAUGAUGAUCGGUUACCUGGUGCCAAUUCUUUUCAGGAUCUUGUUAAUUCGCUUGCUUUCAGUCGUGUCAUGGCUGCCUGGGUCAGCAUCGGCAUCGCAGUAGGGGUGUACGACGCAUGCCAGAGGUACCUGGGAGAGAGGAAACAGUUCGGCGUACCACUAGCGGCGUUCCAGCUGAACCAAGAGAAGCUCGUCAGGAUGCUUGGCAACAUCCAGGCCAUGUGGCUCCUCGGCUGGCGCCUUUCCAAGCUGCACAGCUCCAGCAAGAUGACCAUCGGCCAGGCCAGCCUGGGCAAGGCAUGGAUCACGAAGCAGGCUAGGGAGACGGUGGCGCUCGGCAGGGAGCUCCUUGGUGGCAAUGGCAUUGUCACCGAUUUCCACGUUGGCAAGGCAUUCUGCGACUUGGAGACUGUGUACACGUACGAGGGUAGCUACGAAGUUAACGCCCUAAUAGUCGCACGGGAGAUCACUGGCAUCUCCAGCAUUAGGCCGACGACAAGCCGGCUCUAGUGUUGCAAAACUGUGAACAUAUUAUGGGUAAUCUACAAAGGGGACUGUACAAGGCAAAAAAGAUUAAUCAAAUCAGAGAUACUUGCUCUUCAAUCCCCACAAGACUAUGCAUUGUUGAGUAAUUAGGCAAUUGUAUGAUUAAAUUCUGAAAUAAAUAAAUAUUGAACAUAAAUAGAUCUA